UUUCAGACUUAAAAUGUACGUAGUUAUCAAUAUUGAUCCGGGUAGUACGCUAAACGAGCUAAUGGCAUUCAUGACUCAAAAAACAAUAACUUUUUCUGUAACGGAUCAGUUGUCAAGGCUCUGUGAUCGAACUGCAAACGGUGAUCGACGAGAAGUUUGUACUCAAACAGAUGAUAAUUGCUUUGAUCCACCACCGAACAAAAAAUCAAAAGGAUAUAAUGGAGAAGACUACGGAUCCCCAUGCUCUUCGGCAACACCUUCUGAACCUGUUGAUCUAGGAAUCCUUACAAAGACCAAUGGAAAUAGCAAUGGAAAUCACAAUUGGGAUACUGAAUCGAAAGUUUUGAGGGGACUUAUCAGAAGCGAAAAUGGGAGAUCAAAAAGUUCGAUUAAGGAAGAGCCCGAAGAAGCUUCUGUCGAGGAUGAUAUCAGUACGGAGUACAUGCAAAAUCAAUUGAUGCAGGCGUUGUUCCCAAAGAAUCAGAAUGGCAGUGGCUUGGCCAAUUUCGCGUCGUUAGAAGACAACGAGAGCAUCGAAGGUGAAUCUGGUGGUUUGUCGGAUCUUGGUGGGUUCAAUAUGGAUUCCUCCUCACCAGCUUCAGCUAUUCGUUAUAAGCCUGCGUAUGCGUCAACGAAGCGAGGUGUCUGCCGUGUGUGUAAUCGAGAAGUUUCUCUGAUUACAACUCAUCGACGACGACACGCAAUCACUCAUUUGGGAUUCAAAACAUUGAAAUGCGCGCUGUGCUACAAGUUCUUCAGUCGACAGGAUUUAGCAACGGGACAUUUUAAGAAGGAUCAUCCAACAUCAGAGUUUAUGCCAUUUGUUGAUACAAUGUCGCCAGAAGAUGAACGUCAGCUUGUUGUUAUGAUGGAACUGUGUUUCCCGGAAGAAACCGGACCUCGAAAACGUAAAGAUACGGAUCCAAAAAAGCAAAAAGUUGGAGAAGUUGAAGACUCAUUUUAAUAACAUUUACUCUGAUUUUCCAUUAGAUAUUCUGAUUAGCUUUUAGAGUACAAUUCAGGUUUCACUGAAAAUGUAAUUAUUUCUAUAAUACUCUCAUUCAUUCCAUCUUUAAAAAAAACCAAUUGUGAUAUUCAGUAUAGAAACCAUCGAAUCAUAUCGUUUGAACCAUUUUUCUUCCGUCUGUGUUGUUAAUUAACUUAUUAAAGUUUUAUUAGAAUGAUACAUAGUUUUAAAAAUCAUAUUUCCCAUUGUGAUUGUUCUCUGAUGAAAGACAUAUUGUCAUAAUAAUUACUUUUUUAUUUCUUUCCACUUUGUUUGGGUUUUUUUUGGUGUUUUUCUUUUGAUUAAAAAUAAAAUAUUUGGAAGUUGAAUCAAUUU